CCUCGGGGCGGCCGCUCUUUCACCCCGCGUCCCCGCCGCGAUGGUCUUGGCCCGGCUUCUGCCGUUCCUGGCGCUGUUGCUGCUACUACAGGGCCCCGCGGCGGCGCGCGCGUCCCCGCCGAGGGCGCUCCACGAGGUGGCGACCACCUGCAAGGCUGGCAUCCUGUGUCCGCGGGCGCCCAUCAAGAAUUCGAGUGCCCUGCCCGUCAACGUCAGCCUCUACUAUGAGUCACUGUGUGGUGGCUGCCGGGGAUUCCUGGUCCGAGAGCUCUUCCCCACAUGGCUGAUGGUCCAGGAGAUCCUCAACAUCACUUUGGUGCCCUACGGGAAUGCCCAGGAACAAAAUGUCAGCGGCAAGUGGGAGUUCACGUGCCAGCAUGGGGAGCGUGAGUGCUUGCUCAACAAGGUGGAGGCCUGCCUGCUGGACAAGCUGGAGAAGACCACAGCCUUUCUAACCAUCGUCUGCAUGGAGGAAAUGGAUGACAUGGAAAAAAACCUGAAGCCGUGCCUGCAGAUCUAUGCCCCGGAGGUGUCCUCAGACACCAUCACAGAGUGCGCAAUGGGGGACCGCGGCACACAGCUCAUGCACGUCAACGCCCAGCUGACAGACGCUCUGCAGCCACCCCACAAAUACGUGCCCUGGGUCGUCGUCAAUGGGAAGCCCAUGAGUGAACAGGAUGAGCUCCUGAGCCUCGUUUGCCAUUUGUACCAGGGUGAGAAGCCAGAUGUCUGCCAAAUUGGGACCAGGUCCCAGAGGGAAGUCUGUUUCCAGUGACGGCCGUAAAAACCCAGCUGCCUCCAUUUUUUCGACUGCCAGCUCUUGGCCCCUGGAUAACUUCUGCACAUCCCAUGAAGCCCUGACUCAGAAUCCCACCCUAAGAUCAAGAAUCUUGCCCCUCUGAGAAUGGUGCUAAAUGGAAACUCCUUAAAUAAACUUUUCUGGAUGUUA